AUGGCCGUAGUAACAGCGAGUGUCCAUGAAAGUGGAUUCUUUGAGGUUCUGGUGCGGGCUCGCUGGCACAAAGUUUGGGUGCGCUUAAACGAGGAGGCGCUUACUUUGAGCUGUGAGGACUACGACGGCGUCAACUCCAACGGAGUCGUCACCUAUGGAUCCUUCCUGGACAACAACAACUCUAACAACGGUCCGAGGCUGUUGGACGUGCCCGAACCUGUGCCGGAGACCAUCGCCAACAGAAAGCGCUGCGUCAAAGUGACCAAGCAGGACGUCGGUGGAUUGGGGAUCAGUAUUAAAGGCGGCAGGGAGAACAAGAUGCCCAUCUUGAUAAGUAAGAUCUUCAAAAACCUGGCUGCGGACCAGACGCAGGAUCUGUAUGUCGGGGAUGCCAUCCUAUCCGUGAACGGGGUCAACCUGAGGGACGCGAGCCAUGACGAGGCGGUGCAGGCGCUCAAACAGGCAGGGAAGGACGUGACCCUGGAAGUGAAGUACAUGCGAGAAGCCACACCAUACGUGAAGAAAGGCUCACCUGUCUCAGAGAUUGGAUGGGAAACCCCCCCACCUGAGUCGCCGCGUUUUGGCAGCACUUCCAUCACCUCCUCCCCGGAGACUCCAAGUCCACCUCUUCAACCAUCCUUGUCCCUGCAGGGAGACAGAAGAUGCAUUCCAUUGAAGAUGUGCUAUGUAACCCGAGCCAUGACCACAGCAGACCCAGACAACAGACAAGUGGAGCUGCACUCCCCUGACGCCAGACACACUGUGGUACUGCGCUGUCCAGACCAGCCAUCUGCCCUCACUUGGUUCUCAGCAAUGCAUGCUGUCACAUCGUCACUGACGCAGCGAGCACUAGCUGAUGUCAUUCAUCACACAGCCAGGUCAGGAGUUGCUGGUAGCAAAGAGAUUCGACACAUGGGAUGGCUGGCUGGGAAGCAAAGUGAGAGCGAGAAGCAGUGCUGGAAGCCUGUGCUGGUGGUUGUGACGGAGAAAGACCUGCUGCUUUAUGACAGCCUGCCACGAAGCAAGGAGGCCUGGCAGAGUCCAGCGCACACGUACCCUCUUCUAGCAACACGUCUGGUGCACUCUGGGCCCGACAUGGGGUCCCCAUACUCGGGCACAGAGCUCUUUUUUGCCACCCGGACGGGCACGCGCCUUGGAAUUGAGACUUAUCUUUUCCGGGCUGAAACCAGCAAGGAUUUAUCCUUGUGGACUCGACAAAUAGUCAACGGCUGUCACGCUUCAGCUGAGAUGAUCAAAGAAGUCAGUACUAGUUGUCUUUACCUCGGUCAGGAGUGCCGGCUGGUGAUCGAUUACGAGCAGGGCUUCUCCGUGUUGGCUGAACACAAACUUCGAGACAGCGAGAACGGUGACGAGGGUCGACGUCAUACGCCGACCAAAAAACGAGUGCUCCUGUCCUACCCUUAUGAAAAACUGAGGAUGUCGUCGGAUGAUGGCGUUCGCAUGCUAUUCCUGGACUUUGGAGGAAAGGAGGGGGAGAUUCAACUGGACCUGCACUCCUGUCCCAAACCAAUCGUCUUCAUCGUCCACUCCUUCCUCUCUGCAAAAAUCUCCAGACUGGGAUUAGUGGCCUGA